UCGUCCGCCGCCUUGGCUGCCUCCGCUCCCGGGAAGAGCUGCCCGCCCGCCCGCCCGGCCGGCCGGGAGGAGCCCCGGGGGGCCCAGGGGCCCUGGAGCAGGUGCCGAGGAGGGCCGAGAAGGAGAAGCAGAGAGACCCACCGACGGAGGGACUGAACGAAGGCUGAGGCGGAGGUCUCCGGGCGAGUCGGGCGGCGUUGGCGGCGUCGGAGCGGCUCCCGCUCGCCUUCCUCCUCCUCCUCCUCCUCCUCUUCCCAUUCCCUUCCUUUCCGGGGCCGGAGGCAGCAUGAGGCUCCGGGUCUCCUCCCGGGAGGCGCCUCUCUCCGGGCGGCCCUCCCUCUCCUCCUCCUGGGUCUCCCCGGGGGCCCCCUCCCCGCCCCUCCCCUGCCCCUCCCCCUUCCCUCGGGAGCCGGAGGCCUAGGACCCCCCCGGCCCCCCGCCUGGACUUCCUCGUCCGCUCAGGAUGCGGCUCAGGGGCCCCGGCCCCCCGCGCCCCACCGACACAGCCAGCCCCGGGACCCGCGGCGCCUCCUCGGCCUCCCCGUCCUCCUCCUCCUCCUCGUCUUCGUGGCUCUCGGCGGCGGCGGGCCUCUUGGUGGCUCUGCUGGGGCUCCACGCCUCCGCCUCCCAGGCCAUGCCCCAUGUCAUCCGCAUCGGAGGGAUCUUUGAAUAUGCGGAUGGACCCAACGCCCAGAUCAUGAACGCGGAGGAGCAAGCCUUCCGGUUUUCUGCUAACAUCAUCAACAGGAACAGGACGCUUCUGCCCAACACAACCUUAACGUACGACAUCCAGAGGAUACACUUUCACGACAGCUUUGAAGCCACUAAGAAAGCCUGCGACCAGCUGGCCCUCGGCGUGGUGGCCAUCUUCGGCCCUUCGCAGGGCUCCUGCACCAAUGCUGUGCAGUCCAUUUGCAAUGCCUUGGAAGUGCCCCACAUCCAGCUCCGGUGGAAGCACCACCCUUUGGAUAACAAGGACACUUUCUACGUCAACCUUUACCCAGACUAUGCCUCCCUCAGCCACGCCAUCUUGGACCUCGUACAGUACUUGAAAUGGAGGUCGGCGACGGUGGUGUACGACGACAGCACGGGCCUCAUCCGGCUGCAAGAGCUGAUCAUGGCUCCAUCUAGGUACAACAUCCGCUUGAAAAUCCGCCAGCUGCCCCUCGACACGGACGACACCCGUCCACUCUUGAAAGAGAUGAAGCGCGGGCGGGAGUUCAGGAUCAUCUUCGACUGCACCCACACGAUGGCUGUGCACAUCCUCAAGCAGGCCAUGGCGAUGGGGAUGAUGACGGAGUACUACCACUUCAUCUUCACCACACUGGAUCUUUAUGCGUUAGAUCUAGAGCAAUAUCGCUACUCCGGGGUCAACCUGACGGGCUUCCGCAUCCUGAAUGUGGAGAAUCCCCUCGUCUCUGCCAUCACUGACAAGUGGUCCAUGGAGAGGCUCCAGGCGGCACCGAAGCCAGAACCGGGGCUGAUCGCGGGGGUGAUGAUGACAGACGCUGCCCUGUUGUAUGACGCCGUCCAUAUUGUCUCAGUCUGCUACCAGCGGGCGCCCCAGAUGACCGUCAACUCUCUCCAGUGCCAUCGGCAUAAGGCCUGGCGGUUUGGUGGCCGCUUCAUGAAUUUCAUCAAAGAGGCCCAAUGGGAAGGAUUGACCGGACGCAUCGUCUUCAACAAAACCAGCGGCCUCAGGACCGACUUUGACUUGGACAUCGUCAGUCUCAAGGAAGAUGGGCUAGAAAAGGUGGGAGUGUGGAGCCCAUCGGAAGGACUGAACAUCACCGAAGUCUCCCGAAGGCAAGGGCCCAACGUGACUGAUUCCCUGACCAACCGGUCCUUGAUUGUCACCACAGUCCUAGAAGAGCCCUUCGUCAUGUUCACCAAGUCAGACACCGUCCUUUCGGGGAACAAGCGCUUCGAAGGGUUCUGCAUUGACCUCUUGGCUGAAGUUGCCCGGAUCCUUGGCUUCUCCUAUGAGAUCCGGCUGGUGGAGGAUGGGAAAUACGGCGCGCAGGACGAGAAAGGACAGUGGAAUGGCAUGAUGAAGGAGCUGAUUGAUCACAAAGCAGACCUGGCCGUGGCUCCACUGACCAUCACCCAUGUUCGGGAGAAAGCCAUUGACUUCUCCAAGCCAUUCAUGACUCUGGGAAUCAGCAUCCUCUACCGAAAGGCCAACGGGACCAACCCCAGCGUCUUCUCCUUCCUGAACCCUCUCUCGCCGGACAUCUGGAUGUACAUCCUCCUCGCUUACUUGGGGGUUAGCUGUGUCCUCUUUGUCAUUGCCAGGUUCAGCCCUUAUGAAUGGUAUGAUGCCCAUCCUUGCAACCCAGGGUCCGACGUCGUGGAGAACAACUUCACCCUCCUCAAUAGUUUCUGGUUUGGGAUGGGAUCCCUGAUGCAGCAAGGUUCUGAGCUGAUGCCAAAGGCGCUUUCCACUCGCAUCAUUGGAGGGAUCUGGUGGUUUUUCACCCUCAUCAUCAUCUCUUCCUACACGGCGAACCUGGCCGCCUUCUUGACCGUCGAGAGGAUGGAGUCCCCCAUCGACUCGGCCGACGACUUGGCCAAGCAAACCAAAAUUGAGUACGGUGCCGUGAGGGACGGGGCCACCAUGACCUUCUUCAAGAAGUCCAAAAUCUCCACCUUUGAGAAGAUGUGGGCCUUCAUGAGCAGCAAGUCCUCGGCUCUGGUGAAGAACAACGAGGAAGGGAUACAGCGCACCUUGACCUCCGACUAUGCGCUGCUGAUGGAGUCCACCACCAUUGAGUACAUCACCCAAAGGAACUGCAACCUGACCCAGAUCGGAGGGCUCAUCGACACCAAAGGCUAUGGGAUCGGGACACCAAUGGGUUCUCCCUACCGAGACAAGAUCACCAUCGCCAUCCUCCAGCUCCAGGAAGAGGCCAAGCUUCAUGCCAUGAAGGACAAAUGGUGGAGGAGCAACGGCUGCCCCGAGGAGGAGAACAAAGAGGCCAGCGCCCUUGGGAUCCAGAACAUUGGCGGGCUCUUCAUUGUCCUGGCGGCUGGCCUGGUCCUCUCCAUCUUUGUGGCCACGGUGGAGUUCAUCUACAAGCUGCGCAAAACUGCAGAGCGUGAGCAGCGCUCCUUCUGCAGUGCCAUGGCGGACGAGAUCCGGCUGUCACUCACCUGCCACCGGCGUGUGAAACACAAGCCCCAGCCCCCGGUCAUGGUGAAGACGGACGCUGUGAUCAACAUGCACACCUUCAAUGACCGGAGACUCCCUGGCAAGGACAACAUGACCUGUAACACGGGACUGACCCCCGUGUUCCCAUAGCAGAAUGUAGGGUGCCAACUGGGGAGGGGGCUAGCGGGAUAUGGGUGGGAGAGGAAGACGAAGAAGAUGAAGCCAAGGCACAUCCAUAUCCCGGAAGGAGAGAAAGAGCCCAGCUUAGGGUUUCCUUUUUAGAAAUAUGGCCUUGGAUGCAACUUCAGUCAUCGUGUGACAAGAACUUGGGAGUCAGGGUCAUGUCAUCUCCAGUUUGGGAUUAUGUACCCUCACCUGCCUGGUUUUAAAGUCAAGGUUGAAGCAACACAGUAAGCCUUUGGGCUUACAAUUCUCCUAAUCCUCCUCCUCCUCCUCUUCCUCACCUAAAAGACAUCCCAAAGUCUUGAUGUUUACAUAUCAAACUACUGGAAGAAACCGAACAUGGUGGGAGGGGAGAGCAGACCGACGUGGUUGGGAGAUAACUCGCCAAGGCCUGAGUCCGAGGCUUCCUUUAAAAGUAUGGCAAUAAACAAAAGGACAUUC